UUUAUCUUUAGUCUGAGUUAUUUCAAGACGACUUAUAUCCGGACACUCUGAGCGAUAUACCAGCGCUCACAGCCGAGGAAUGGUUCAAUGGCGAGGACAAGGAUCCAGUUCUUAUAUCGCUGAAAGAGGGCUAUAAGACCACCAAAAAGCAAGACUUAAAAGUUGCCAAAAAGAAACCAAACUUGUUGGACAAAUUGCCGGCCAAAAAGCAAUUGUCGUCAUCGGGUGGUUCCACACCAUCGCCUCCCGGCUCUCCAAAGCCAGGCGGAGACGGCGGCGGUUCGGGCGCAGCGGUGCUGUCGGCGGCCGCCAAUCAACGGGUCGAAGAGUUAGUGUCGGAACUGAAUAAACUGAAAG